AUGGCAAUCUUAGUGAUUGACUUUAGAGAUCCUGAACAUUCUGAAGUUACACAGCUUAUUCCUGUUACUAUAGAAACUAGUUUAGAGGCAAUUAAUUUAAUAAUUAUUGGAGAAGGUGAAGCCUUGGUUUAUGAGGAACUACAAUGCAAUAACAUCACAAAUACAGACAGUUUAAAUGGUGAAAUUCAUAAUAAAAACUAUUUUGAUGAUGAUAUUAUUGUAGAAGAUAACGAUGAAGCUAGCAAUACUGCUAUUACCGAAAAAGAAAAUUCUUUCGUGACCAUGAUUGAGGUUUCAACAGAAGAGGCUAAUACUACUCCUCCCAAUGAAAAUCAUGAAGAGCAUUCAGAAAUGACUGAUAAUGAGACUGGAGUCCUACAGAAAAACAGGAAGAAGAAACCAAAUAUCAUUCAAUGGCAGAAAAAUGAGGCUAAAAGACGGCGAUGUGAGGGUGAACAGUACCUUGGUUACACUAGAGUAAAUAAAGUAGUUAAACAAAACAAACCACGGGAUGCUCGACAGCUUGGGGCCCCGUGCACCUCCAAAGAGUGCAUUCGAAGAAAAACACGAUAA